CUGUCUUACGCAAUCCGCCCUCUGAAAACAUUUUGUAAAAAAAAAGGGAAGAAAAGAAAACGCUCUUCUGGUUUCGCUUUGAUUCAGUUCCUUAAAAAUUGGAGAUCUCGGACUGCGGCACGCCACGCACGGUGACCUUCCUGUCCACCGGAUAUGUUGCCUCUACUAGAAGGGAUGGACAAAAAGGUAGACGGCAUUCAAAGUGAUCUUCAUGACAUUAAGAAUCUGCUCCAGGGAGGGGGAAGAGAGAAUGAGUGCGACACAGUGGAUAUAAUUCAAUCUGAAUCAAUUAUUAAAAAAAACGAGAUGGACAUUCUUCAGAGUCAGAAAUCAUAUGAAACUUCACUCUCCCAGUAUAAGGCUCACAUCCGAGCUAAAUUUGGCACGGUGCAGGAGUACAACUCGCGUCCGGGGGCGGAUUACGUGGUCCUGCUGGAUCGCUACACGGACCUGGUGAUCGUGCAGAAGCAUCGCGAGCAGAGGGAGCGGGAGGAGGAGAUCCGGAUGCGAGGGAGGGAGCUCCUCCACAGAGUCUUCAGCCGCGCCAGCAAAGAGUACCUGUGCACCAGCGUGCACCAGCUCUUCAGCCCCAGCAGCACGGGGGAGGAGGAAAGGGCCCCCAGAGCCGUCAUCCUCCAGGGACACUCUGGGUACGGCAAGUCUUUCACCGCACAGAAGAUCAUGGACGACUGGGCGUCCGACAGAAUGUACAAGGACCGCUUCGAUCUGGUGUUCCACCUGAAGGGGAAGGAGCUGAACAACGUCAAGGAAGACCUCUGUCUAGUCGAUCUGCUGCUGCAGCAUCACGACAUCGAUAAAGCCACAGUCUUGAAGAUGCUGCGGGAGGCACCGCACAGGGUGCUCUUCAUCUUAGACGGCUUCGAUGAGCUCAGGUUGGCACCGCAGGAGGGUGGCUCCAACUCCUCACUGCCCUCUGACCCUCGGACACGGGCGAGCACCAGGGUUGUUUUGACAGCGCUCUUGAGGGGGAAGAUGCUGGCCAAGUCCUCCCUGCUGGUCACCACCAGGUCCACUGCAGUAAAGGCUCUCAGUGACAUGCUGAAAAGCCCCCAGCGCUUCACCGAGAUCCUGGGGUUCUCCGACAAAGGGGUGGAGAGCUACUUCCAGGCCUUCUUUGCGAGGGAUGAAAACCCCGCGGUUUGGCAGAAGGCUCUGAAGCAUGUGAAGAGCAACGAGACUCUCCUCACGGCGUGUUUCAUUCCAGUUACCUGCUGGAUUGUGUGCAACGUCUUCAAAGACGCGUUCAAGAAAGAGACGGACAUGAUCAGAGGGCUGGACACCAGCACCUCCAUAUUUGCACACUUUGUGUUUACGCAGAUGAAGCACCACGGGCCGAAUCUCGAGGAGAGUGAAUGGAGCAGCCUUUUGAGAAACUUGGGCCAGCUCGCUGAGGACGGCAUCAUCAAACAAAAAGUGCUGUUUGAUGAGCGCGACGUGAAGCAGAUGGUGUCGAACUACCACCUUGUCCCUUUCCUCUGCAAGUUCUUCCUGAGGAAGCUCAACGUUGUGACGAAGUACAGCUUCAUGCAUCUCAGCUUUCAGGAGUUCUUCGCCGCCCUUUUCUAUCUGUUAAGUGACGUGGACGUCGCUCGGGAGAAAGUGAAGGAGAUUCUCCAAAGGGUCCAGCUGGGCCUCAACGUCACCGACCAGAAGUUGCAGAUGAGCCACCUGCUGCCCGUCAUCCAGUUCCUCUUCGGUUUUUCAAACCAGGAAGUCACGGACACUCACCAGCUCCGCGUUGCUCCUGAAAUCCGCUCGCUGCUGGAAGAGUGGAUCCACCAGCUGAUCAAGGACGAGGAGGGGCUGCCCAGGACGCACAACAUCCAGCUGUUCAUUCUGCAGUGCCUGUACGAGAUCCACGAGGAGGACUUUGUGCAGACGGCCAUGGAGAUCUGGAACAGAAUCAACCUGGACGGUGUGCCCCUGAAGAAGACCGACUGCAGCAUGCUGGCCUUCUGUGUCCGCCACUGCCGGGCCAUGGAGCGCCUGACGCUCACGCACUGCAACCUCACCGCCGAGAAGAUGAAGGUCCUCGUCGACGCUCUGGCCAAGAGCACCGAGCUGGGACUGGUGGUGGAGAACCUGAGAGAUGAUGAUGUCGAGGAUCUGACCAGAGCACUGGGACAGGACAAGAUCAUAACAGACCUGCACCUAAAGAACAGCAGCCUCUCCCGGGGGAGACUGCAGCAGGUCCUCACCGCUCUCAGCGUCCAGCGACGUGUGGACACAGUGCGCCUCGUCCUGAGGAUCCCCUAUGAGAACGCCAUCACACCGGUCAUCGCCACAGAGGACGAGAGUGGAGAGGAUGUGUGUGGCAGCUGGACUGAUGCAGCACCUGAGGGGAAACCUGCAGGCCUGGACCUCACCCUGGAGAGAAAGAUACUCAGCACUGAACCUCUCAAAGGCACACACACUCUCACACUAGGCCACGGGGAGAAGCUUCCCUAUGUGGCUCCAUAUGUGUCUGAGAUCUUCAUCAGCCAGUUCACCUCAUCUGAGCGCUUCAGCAGCACCUGGACACACCUGAUCGAGACUAUUCACACGCUAGGAGACAGUCCCGUAGGUGUUUCUGAGCUGCUGGAUGCUCUGCAGUCCUCUCUGCUCCGUAUUCCAGACGUAAACAUGGCGGAUCUGAAGCUCAGCCGCAUGACUGUGGACGUGGCUUCCAAGUUCCUCCUCUUCUUCCAGGCCUGCCCCACUCUACACAGUGGAAGGUGUAAGCAGUCUGAGGAUGCCGGGGGUCUCUGUUCAGACCUGUCUCUGAGAAGGACCAGCAACACUCUCCAACUAGUUGUGAAGCACCCUACUGGAGACCUGCUCUCUGAUGUCACACUCGUCAUAGCAACCCCCUCGGAGGAAUCUGAUUGGACCAAUGUGUUCCAAAAGCUCAGCUCUCUCAGUGGACUGCUAGAAAGUGUGGAUCUGUGGUUCCUGCGUUCAGUGCGAGGGCUGCAGAGGGUGAUGCUGCAAGUGAGCUGCCUGACUGAGCAGUGGGCCGCCGCCCUCUCCUCCCUCAUCCACACCUGCCCCUUACCCCUGGAGUACUGCAGCCUCCGAGUAGCCGAGUCGCGGCCUGAGCCCCGAGGAGACGACAUCUGCUCCUUCCUGAGCGUGGAGAAGGAAGACGCCAGUGUCAUGAUGGUGGUGGCGUACAGGAAGCAGCUGAGUCCUCUCAGAGAAGCCCAGAUCACAGACGUGGAGCUCUCCAUGUCCCUCCCACAGAUCGCCAGCUUCCACCUCCACAGCAUACACACACUCAGAGAGCUACACACGGGAACACCUGAGUUCGUGGAGCAGGUGUCAUCCAUCCCUGGCCUUCAGAAGAUCAAACUGAUCCUCAGCUGCCUCACCGAGAACUGGGCUGCCACUCUCUGCUCCCUCAUACAAGACUGCCCCACACUAGCCAUCAUCACGGUGGAUGCUGGGGAGAGUGGGGAGAGGCUGCUGCUGGAGGAAGGGGUGAAGCGCCUGCAGGACGGAUUACAGGAACUGAGGGGCACUCAGAGUCAUCCACAACUCACCCUCACACUCACCGGGAGGAGAUGUGCUAAAGUCUCAGGUGUGUGUGCUGCCCCAGAGGAGUGGGAGAGGAGCUGCAACCGCAGAGUUCAGCUGCAGAGCUGCGCACUGGAGGCCUUCACACACACACCCCUCGAGGAGGAGGAGCAGCAUGCCACCUUCACAUACACACACCUGGAGGAGCAGCAUGCCGCCUUUACACACACACACCUGGAGGACGGCCGGCGGGAGCAGGAGGAGGGGCCAGCUGAAGAAGAGGGAGGAGCUAAAGAGGAGGAGGAGCGCAGAUCUCUGAUGAAUCCAGCGCAGGAAUCCCCCACCGUGGCCACCAAGUGCUGCCCGCACAGAUGUGACCUGCAGUGAGAUGUGACCUGCAGUGAGAUGUGAACUAGUGAGAUGUGAACUAGUGAGAUGUGACCUGCAGUGAGAUGUGACCUGCAGUGAUGUGAACUAGUGAGAUGUGACCUGCAGUGAGAUGUGACCUGCAGUGAUGUGAAUUAGUGAGAUGUGAACGCAGUGAGAUGUGAACGAUGUGAACAAGUGAGAUGUGAACUAGUGAGAUGUGACCUGCAGUGAGAUGUGACCUGCAGUGAUGUGAUUCCCACCCCAUCCUGAUCUGCAGGCCUAAUUCCCACCCCAUCCUGAUCUGCAGGCCUAACUCCCACUCCUGAGGUGCAUUCAAAUUCGGCAAAUUCGUUGCAAACAUUUGCCAAACACUCAAGGCUAAAGGAAAACUAUUUGUAAACGUUUGCCCAUGUUUGUGAAUUUGAAUGCACCUCUGGGCAAUAGAGUUGAUUCCCCAGCAUAUAGUGGGUGUCUCCUACUCUGUUGAAGACAUGUUUUGACUACAUAGGACCUCCGUACACAUUUGAAGUGGCCUUUAUUGAGUCUCUCUGGGGUGCUGCGACAGAUGUUGGGCUUUAUGAAGUACAACCAUUUUGGACCCUCCAAACGGUAGGGGGGUCUGGGGGCAGGCCUCACCGGAAGGAGAAAUGAAAAAUUACCCCUUUAAAGCCCCCCUUGGUAGGAUCCAUGGUCCAAAUUACCCCUUUAAAGCCCCCUUUGGUAGGAUCCAUGAGGUAUUAUAAGAACUGGAGAAAGUGAACAAGUCCCGCGCCAAUUCAUUUCAAUGGGAAUGCUAGGCUAGUGAAAAUUGGCAAAAUUGAACGAUUUUUUCAGGCUUCAACAUGGCAUUUCAAGGGGUUUGUUUCCGGUGCCGUUUUACUUAGCCAACAGAAGGGGAGCUCGUGCCCACACUAAGCUCGUGCAUGAGCUGAGAGUGGAUCAGCCACCAAUCAUCAUGAGGAGAAAUGGCACCGGACAUGAUGUACAGUAUUUCUGGAAAAUGGCGACGAGGAAGUGCCUUGCUAAUCGGCGUAACUAAUCAGUCAAAUCCUGACCCCCUGGUAGCAUCAGCUGUAUUGCCCCCUCUGCUGGAGAAAGUGUGCAUGCUAUUUCUUGUUAACUGUGGAAAAAAGUAAUGAUAAAGCACAUGGAUUUGUUUACAAGCUAGCGAAACGGUUAGCAUAAGUUCAGCAGAACUUAUGCUAACCUGUUUCUCACUUCUCUUACCGGGUCGUCCCAAUGUUGCAAGGUUGGUUUUCGGCCUGGGGGACGCUAGGGGGAGCGAUGAAAGUCGCCAUUUUCACCGGAACAGAUCAUUUAAUCAUCCAAAUGAUUUCUAAACGGGUUUAUUGAGUUGAAUUAGUUGCCAAGUUCCCCAUUAAUAAUGACUUCUGGAGAAUUUUGUGGAAAAUUAUUUAUAAAUCUAGAUAAAUACAUACAAUAAAGCAUAAUACAGCCUAAAGCAGUGGUUCUUAACUGGUCUGGCUUUGGGACCCACAAUUUCCUAUGUUCAUAAAGUCCCAUAUAUUUAUUUAUCGUUCAAGCCAACGGAUAUGGUGAGCAUGGUAACAUAAAAAGUGCCUGUAGACCUACUUGUCUGGAACAUGUGGCUGAUUGGCAUUAUAUUUGCAUUUACCACUAAAAUGAUGUCUAACAUGACCGGUCACAUAAACAUUGCUUAUGUCCAUGGUAAUGACUGACAUUGGCUACGAAUAAAGCCUGUUAAAAUAAAGGUACAAUAUUAGAUCUGAUAAGGUAGCAUUUUGAAUAAAAGCUCCGCGACCCACCCAGAACGGUUCCGUGACCCAUUUUUGGGUCCCGACCCACCAGUUAAGAAACACUGGCCUAAAGAAAGCUCAUUUAAAGAAGACCUUUGUACCCUAUUUAGGCCCAAGCAAGACAUAAAACCAUAGAUUUGUUCAGUUUAUUAACACAAUGUUGUUCAUUACUUUAACAAAUGAUAAAAGGUUUAUCAGGUUCGUGCAGAAGAGCUGUUGGAGGUCAUGUGCCAUCAAAAUGAUUUGGGAAACGUUAUUUGAAAGUUUUUAAAAGCUCUUUGGUGGCUUUUCAAUGUACAGUUUGCCUUAUUUUUCCACAAAGGUAAUGUUUAAAUGUACAGUAUGCCUUAUUUUCCUGCAAAGAUAAUGUUUACAGUAAAUGUAUGCCUGAUUGUUUCCAGAAAGAUGAUGAAAAAUGUAUACAGUAUGUUUUAUUUUUCCCAGAUGCAGCUCAGCAUUCCUACAGUAUGUAACUCAUGGUGAAGUUGCUCUCAGGACACGUGAAUGUUUGUUUGUUAGGCCCCGACACACGUAGCCAGGUAUCUGCUUAAACGAAGGUAUUUGUCUACGUUUGGACCUGUCAUCCACAUGACAACGCAUAUAAACGAAUGUUUAAAAAAAACUCCGGGCAAAGUGAAGAUCUGCGAAUUCUCCGUUUAUAAAUUGGCGUGUGGCCAGAGAUAACCGGAGAUCUGCGGUUUCGAACGUCAGAAUAUGCGCCAAAACAACAACAAAUCUGCUCUGACGUCAAACGUGCGACCUUUGUUCACUGCAGAAGCAUGGAUCUGAGUGCCUUGAAAACGCAGAUGUUCCGUUAUGUGUGGAAGGGUUUUUUUUUUUUUUUUUUAAACGAGGUAAUGUGGAUAAAAUUAUUUUAUAAACGGAGGGGGGGAAAUAUUUGGUUUUAAAAAUACCCGGCUACGUGUGUACAUAGCCUUAAGCACACCAUGACAUACAUUACAAAUGCUAACAUGAUAUGUGCAUACCUGUUAAGACAAGUAUAUAUUUUUUUAAUCAACAUUUUCAAUGUGCCAUUUCAAAUAUCAGCUAUUAAAUAAAUGUAAAACAAAAGACUGGUCAAAGAUUAUGUGUACUGUACAGUAUUUGUGCUCUGUUGAAUAAAGCCUCUGGCAUUAGGAACUGAUCCUA